UCUGUGACUGCGACCUUGCGUUGCCCAUCUCUCUGCAAGGGUCUGCUCAAGAAUUCAAGGUCUGUUCCUCAAGCUCCAACUUCGAUUUCUUUCCGAUCUUCUCCUGCAUAUCUCAGCCGCACAAAGCCCUUGUCAAUUCGAUCUGCUUCAAUCCAAGCCGCACCACCGACAUCUGGGGGAGUUACGCCUGCAAUUGCCUUGACGGAUGAUGCACUGAAGCACUUGAAUAAGAUGAGAUCUGAGCGGAAUGAAGAUUUAUGCUUAAGAAUUGGUGUUAAACAGGGUGGAUGUUCUGGCAUGUCUUACACAAUGGAGUUUGAGAACAGAGGAAACCAGAGACCAGAUGAUUCCAUUAUUGAAUACAAUGGUUUUGUUAUUGUUUGUGAUCCAAAGAGCCUUCUUUUCCUUUAUGGCAUGCAAUUGGACUACAGUGACGCACUCAUUGGUGGGGGCUUCGGUUUCAAAAAUCCAAAUGCUACACAAACUUGUGGUUGCGGUAAAUCAUUUGCUGCUGAGAUGUGAAAUCAUGUAAAUACAUAAAACUGAACAUGGAGUACUUUUGGAUGAGUGGACAUGAAUUGUCUGUUUGAGAAUUAUUCAACCACUGCAUAUAUAUAAUAUAAAAGCAUUUAUUUAAAAA